AUGGCGGGCGUGACGAACGAGCGCUACUGUACGGUGCUGCUCCAGCAAGUGACGGAAGAGAAGGCGGUGCCCCCGUCGCAGGAUGAGAUCCUCAAAGGCCUCGAGUCGCCCAAGGUCGAGCACAAGAUCCGUGCCGUGAAGAGCGCGAUUUUGGCGCUGUUGCAGGGCGAGAACCUCUCUAAAGUGUUGAUGCACAUUAUCCGCUUUUGCUCGACCCAGAGCGACCAUACGCUGAAGAAGUUGUUGAUGGUAUACUGGGAGAUCGCGCCUAAGUACGAACAACCACCCCCAGCUGCAGCUGGUACCACUGGUACGGCUGCCCCACCGAAACUCUUGCCCGAGAUGAUUCUCGUGUGUAAUGCCCUUCUAAAUGACUUGAACCACCCAAAUGAGUAUAUUCGCGGCUGCAUGCUACGGUUUUUGUGCAAAAUCAAGGAAAAAGACAUCCUCGAGCCGCUCAAGGAUGCCGUGAAGAGCAACCUCGAGCACCGUCACUCGUACGUGCGGAAGAACGCAGUCAUGACGGUGUAUACAAUGUACAAGACAUUCGGUGACGUGGUGAUCCCGGACGCUCCUGAGCUUAUUGAGCGAUUUAUUCUUAAUGAGAGUGACGCUGGCGCUCGACGCAAUGCGUUCCUCAUGCUGAAUGACUGUGCCCAAGACCGAGCAGUGACGUUUUUGAUGAACGCGAUGGACCAAGUGCCGAAGUUUGGUGACGGCUUUUCGCUCGUGAUCUUGGAGACGACACGCAAAGUGUGUCGUCAGGAUCCAGCUCAGAAGGCGCGCUUUGUGCGCUGUGUGUUCCAGCUGCUUAACUCGUCUUCGCCUGCUGUGAGCUAUGAGGCAGCGUGGACACUGGUGACGUUGUCUGCGGCUCCGACGGCCGUACGGGCGGCUGCCAAAACCUACUGUGGCCUGCUGAACUCGCAGAGUGAUAAUAAUGUGAAGCUGAUUGUGCUAGAUCGACUUGCAGAUCUGAAGAAACACCAUACAAAAGUGCUGCAGGAGAUCGUGAUGGAUAUCAUGCGCGCACUGAGCUCGCCCAGUCUUGACAUUUGUAAGAAAGUGCUGGAGAUUGCAAUGGAUCUUGUCACGGUGCGAAACAUCGACGAAGUCGUGACGCACUUGAAGAGAGAGGUGGUUAAGACGCAGGACAAGACGCGCGAAAAGGCUGGCGAGUACCGCCACCUGCUCAUCAAGGCUAUCCACGCUUGCGCCGUCAAGUUCCCCGAAGUCGCAAACGCUGUGGUGCACCUGCUGAUGGAGUUUCUUAACCAACCAGAUGGUGCUAUGGAUGUUGUGGUCUUCGUGCGUGCAAUGUGCGAAAGUUACCCAGAGCUUCGCAAGAGCAUUUUGCAAAAGCUGAUGAUAUCGUUCAGUGACAUCUCGUUGGCCAAGGUGUAUCGAGUAGGGCUCUGGAUCCUAGGAGAAUAUGCUACUGUGCCCCUGGAAGAUGGCACAGAGAGCGACACGUCCAUUUUCGAGGCUGCCCGCACCAUUUUUGACGCUGUCGGUAGUCUACCGCUCGUUACGGAAGCGAUGCUCAAGGCGUCUGCGGAAACUGUUGAAAAUCGCGCCGAUGACCCUGCUGCUGCUACUGGUGCGGCGUAUUCAAAGCCUGUCACUAAAAGUGUUGUUCUGGCGGAUGGAACGUACGCAACGGAGACAUCUUAUUCUGCUCCUGCUGCAAAGUCAGCGGUCGCAGAAGAGGAAGGUGUCCCAGGCCUGCGGCGUUUACUGCUGAGUGGCGAUUUUUUCCUUGGUGCAGCAGUGGCUUCGACGCUGACAAAGCUAUGUCUCCGUGUAUCUAAUGGUGAUCUUGCAAAUGCCACUGCUCACAAUGCUGCAGUCAAGAAGCUUGUUGUGGAUUGCACACGAUGCUUGUGUGCAAUCGUGGCCUAUGGCCAAUCCAAAGCAAGUAAGCACGAGAUCGACCAGGACUCUGCCCGCCGCAUCCUUAUGGGUGUACGGGUACUGCUAGACCCCGCGAGUGCACAGGCGACGCACGCGAUUAUCACAGAAGAUUGUCGUGCUGCGUAUCGUAAUCUUCUCGACGCACAGAAGGCACAAGAGGCGGAAGCUGCGCGUGCUGCGGCAGGAGGUGCUGAAGGCGAGCCAGUGAGUCAAGCAGACGACUUGAUCAACUUUCGACAGUUGCGUGGCAAGAAAGCCUUGGGGUCAACUGAUAUUGACAUCGACGACGGCGCUGACAUUAAUCGUGCUCUCGGUCAGCAGGGCAACGGUGCUGACAACGAAUAUGCUGGUGCGAUGCGCCAUGUGCACCAGUUGACAGGUUUUGCGGACCCUGUGUACGCCGAGGCCUAUGUCACGGUUCAUGAUUACGACAUCGUUCUGGAGAUUCUAGUGGUGAACCGCAUUCCCCAGACACUCACGAACCUAUCGGUGGACUUGUCUACUAUUGGUGACCUCAAGCUCGUGGAGCGCCCUCAGCCGCAAACCAUCGGGCCACUUGACCAACGCACGAUCCGCGCUAACAUCAAGGUGAGCUCGACCGAAACGGGCCACAUCUUUGGUACCAUUGUGUACGAUUCGGCAUCAGGGGCUGAGAAGACGUAUGUGAAUUUGAACGACAUCCACCUGGACAUCAUGGACUACAUCAAGCCAGCCACGUGCACAGAUAGCGCUUUUCGUGCCAUGUGGGCCGAGUUCGAGUGGGAGAACAAGGUGGCUGUGCACACGGAGCUGUCGAAUGUGUUUGAGUUCCUGCAGCACGUUGUUGACAAGACGAACAUGCGCUGCAUGACGCCCACCGCGUCGCUUGGUGGCGACACGAACUUCUUGGCUGCGAAUCUGUACGCCAAAAGUGUCUUUGGCGAGGACGCGCUCGUGAACCUCAGCGUCGAGAAGCAGGACAGCGGUCGUAUCGCUGGUUACAUCCGUAUUCGCAGCAAGACGCAAGGCAUUGCACUCAGCCUAGGUGAUCGCAUUACAGCUGUGCAGCGCGGCAAGGAGGACCAAAGCAAGCGAAAGAAAUUCCUUGCUUAG